AUGUUGAGAGCAGCAAGAGGAUGUAUUCGGAGAGUGCCUGCCGUACGGGCCGAACAGAAGAUGCACGCGGUGCACCUUGUGCAUACGAUGCAGGUUAAGCGGGAGUAUGCGAGCCGGGCAACAAGAAGAGGACACAGGUUGCCGUUGGUGAAGCCAGGGGGCGGUCUGACAAGGGAGAAGUUUGCCGGCGGUACUGGCAAGGCCGGAACCAAAGUAGGUGCCAAGGAUCAGAGUGUCAAGAACAACAAUAUUAUCAGCUCCGUCAUGAACGAGAAGUUAUUGCGGGAGUUCCCCAACUGGUUGGAGAAGCUUAACGAAGGUGUUACAGAGCCAUUGGAUGUAUCUGAGAGAGUCAAGGAUUUCGCUGGACGGCUCGUGGAGAGUGGACGGGCAGCGCUGGAUUCAGGAGAGAAGUUAAGUCGGAGUAAGAAGGAGUAUCUUAUUAGGGAGAUGCGGCGGUACCAUUAUAUGCGGAAGGAGGAUCUUCCAGGUGACGUUUACAAUGUUAUUGAGAAAUGUGAGAAAGUGCAAGAUUGGGAAGGGAUGUUAAAAGUGUACGAUGCCUAUUUUGGGAUGUUAGUGAAGGUUCCAUUGGUCAAGUUCACCGAGAAGCGGGACGAGAUUUGUCGAGAGAUGCAAGAAGAGUUUAGAGAUGGAGUUUCCUUUGAAGAAGAGCUAAAUGGUGACAAUGAUGACAAUGGAGACAAUGGAGACAAUGGUGGCAAUGGUGACAAUGGAGACAAUGGACGUAGACUCUAUGAGGCGAUUGAGAAGGGAUGGUAUAAAUUGGACAAGCCUCGAAAUCUCAACCUUUGGGGGCAGGGCCAAUACCAACUAGUAUUGCACAAGAUUGAUAAGGAGAUGGACAAGUUUAACAGUAGUUUUAUUGAUGAUUUUUUCAAGGAUCUCCUCAACAGCGAAAUUGGGGUUGAAUAUGAGGAGAUGAGGAUCCUUCUCAAAGGGAUCCUACGUAGGAGACGGAUGGAUGUCAUGCUCUACGAAGGUGUUGUUGCAGACAUGGGCCAGAUGGGGAUGAAGAUGACCCCUGAGAUGUUCCUCAUGGUAAUGGAGGCCAGUAUUCAAGACGGGGAGAAGGAGCUAACCGAGAGGGUCUUACAUGAUUAUGCUGCAUAUAGGUACCUCCCCGAGAGACGUAUGGCGAGAAUGAUGAUGAGACACUACAGUUAUUGUGGAGACGUUGGGAAAGUCCUCCAGAGCAUCGACAUGUUAGUUGAGGACGCCGUUGGUUCUCAGACAGGGGUCUUUGAGGAGGAUCUCAAAGAGGUUGUAGACAGUCUAGUACGUAUUGGGUUUAGGGAAGAGGCUAUUGAGGUUAUCAAGGCGCUCAUUGUUGUUCAAGAGCUCGGUGAGGUAUGCGAGGACAUUUCCAUAGCCGAUGCGGGGGGGGAUGGAUUUGAAGGGGGGCGUGGAGCAACAUCUGUGGAAGAUAUUUAUCGGGGUCCCCUCAACCUUGAGCACGAGCACGUGACUGUGUCCAUAUUAGGGAGUAGUGGCCACGAUUCGGAGUUAUUACGGGUUAGUGUUGAGCCUGGUGCUGUGGCACAUGCUGUUGUUGCCACCAGUGCGACGGCUAUGGAGGCACAUAUGUGGUUAAAGGAUAUACGGAUAGUCAGUCAGGAGAUGGCACAGUUCUACAUCACGUUGGUAUUGUCGGAGAGCAGAUCAAAUGACAAAACUUACCAUGAAGACGGCAAUGUUCAGUGCGUUGACGAGUUUGCACGGUUUCAGGAACUCGUGAAACGGAUACUCGAGGAGAUGCCAAUAGGCGAAUUAGAGAAGGUUUUAUCAAAUGAGGAGACUGUAGUGCAAUUGGCCGAAUUGGCAGUUACUGUCAAUGCCGGUAUUGAUAAUAAUGAAAAUGUGGACAUUUAUCAUCGACUAGUACAAGGUGAAAAUGUGGCAUAUAAAAUCCACGCUUUAUUAGAUGCAGCCGCUAUCUCCGUCGAGUGA